GCGAACAUGGAGACAACAAUAAACAAUAAAACGUUGACCGAUCCUAUGAAAACAAAAGAUAUGAUAGAAAAUAGUGAAAGUGGACGAUAUGAAACUACUGAAAAGUGUCAACAGUGGCUAGAAAAGUGUACAAUUAGUGAUGAUUGUUCGGUUUAUUCGGAUUCAGAUAGCUCAAUUUUCACAGACUCAACUUCAAAUAGCGCCAUGGAUUCAGGCUUUACUUUUCAGGAUAACGGGGUAGUUGUAGCGAAUAGGAUAUUUAGUAGUAAUAAUGAUCAUGGCACAGCGAUCGUGAUUAAAGAUAGUACACCCAAAUAUGACAAUACUUCUAUUAACGUUUACAAAUCGAAGAAAGUGCAUGUAGGUGACGUUACGGUAAUAAAAGGGCCAGUGUUAUUCAACAAUAGCAAUUCAGCGUAUAACGACAAAUUACUCUCUAUUCCAUACUCCGAGCCUUACGUGGACACUUUCAUAGUAGAUAGAAUCAAUUGGUUAGCCCAGCCCCCCUUAGGAGAACGAGAGAAGUUAGAAGAACCUGUUAAAUAUGUUAUUAUAGGUCAUACUGCCACGGAGGAAGGUUUUACUCAAGCCGACAACACCCUUCUAGUUAGACUAAUCCAAACUUUCCAUAUAGAAAGUCGUAAGUGGAAAGAUAUAGCUUACAAUUUUCUCAUUGGUUCUGAUGGCUUAGCUUAUGAAGGACGAGGAUGGGGAGUCAUAGGAUCACAUACAAGAAAUUUUAAUAGCAAAUCAAUUGGAAUUUCAUUCAUAGGAUGCUUUAUAGACCACCUACCACCAGAGUCUGCACUGAAAAAAGCUCAAGAUCUUAUUGAAACCGGCAUUAAAAGAGGAUCUAUAGACCCCGACUACAAAUUACUAGGCCAUUGUCAAUGUUCAGGUGUAGAAAGUCCUGGAAGACGAUUGUUUGAAGAAAUACAAACUUGGAAAAACUGGGAUAAGUCAGUUGAAGUAUCACCAUCAAACUUUACCUUGGUAAUUGACGAACCUCCGGAUGAUCCCGAAUCAAGCCAAUAACUGUGAUAUUCCCCAUAUCGAUUCAAAGAAUUGUUUUCAUUAAGUUUUUUACUGCGAAGAUAUUGUUUCAUACGUUUUCUUUUAGGGAUUAUACAGAUAGACAUUUUUGAAUCGUAAAUCACUAUUUUGAUCUCAUUUGCAUUUAAAAUGAAAUGCCUUGUAUUAGGGAUGUGUAGUUCACCAUCGAAAUAGUUCUAAUGAACGAUUCUUUCAACUGAACUAAUUGAACUAGUUCACUGCGAACGAUUUGCAUUAUAAAUUAUGUCUCAACUUCUAAAGAAGAAAAUAAUGAAUGAAUGAAUUAGAACAUAUAUUUAUUAUUUUGUGAAUGG